UAUCCCAAGCACUUAUAUCAAACAAUACUGAAAACCUGACGUAACAGUGGAAUUAGUGACAAAAUCAUAGAUUAUUUGGUUCGAUGAAUGUGAGUAUAAGUACAGAGACAACUACGUCAAUGACUUAAAWGGAAAAACAGCGAGCGACAGUCCAAAGAAGAUUUCAAGUCGACGAAAGAAUCGAAAUAGAGUUUCUUUUUAAUUAUCUUUGAAAAAACUAUUAUUUCCAAAAUGUCAUUUUUGACUUAUGGAGCAAUUUUAUCUUUUCUCUCGAGCACUUUGGUUGUUCUGGGUAACAAGGUUGAAGUUAUUCGCCAUAAUGGCAGUAAUCCCGUUGCCGAUGCUUUCAGUGUCCCCAAAUGUUUUGCGAGUUACUGCACAGAUCAGGGUACGACUUGUUACGAUGGAGGAUGCUGUAAAUGUAAGUGUCCUCAUGAGCAAGCCAACUACAUUGUCAACGAGAAGAAAUGUUUMUCGAGGGACGAACUUAACCAGAUGAACUCGACAAAAUGCGAAUACUCGAUACGCAAGCCAUCCGUGUCUUUACUAGCAAUACCGCUGAYCGAAGGAAUGGUACAGAAUGUAUCUUUCACCGACAGAGAAGAUCACAGAACAAUAAUAGAAUGUAGCAGUAGUGUACAAGUGGGUUGGGAGUACCGCGAUGCUUUUGGAGAAUGGAAAGAAGGAGAAGGAAAUAUUUUUACUGUUAUAAGUUAUGACAAGCCUGGAUCGAAUAAUCAACGUGUUAUUGAAACUCUGGAGUGGACUGGGAAUAUAAACUCCUUUUACGCCGGGCUUCUCAUCAGAUUGUUAUUUAAGUGUGAAAAUAAAGUUCAGGGAUGUGCUCUGGCCAAAACCAGCGGCCAACACACAUACGAUACAACAUCAACAGAGAAACCCCCACCCGUUUUACUAACAACGGCCAGUACGAACCCAGUAACUACCAGCAGUACCCCAGUACCCAGUACCACCAGAACCACUGAAAACAACACCAAAACGAAUCAGGGUGAUKAUGAAACGCCAGCUCCUAACAAAGACAAUGCUGCAGUUAUUUAUGGUUCCAUUUUUGGGGCAUUGGGAUUGAUCUGUAUUAUUGUAGUAGUAAUUGUGGUGGUAACCAGAUAUAGAAAAAAGAAACAAAAUCAAAAAGAUCGUGAAGCUAAUUCAGUGGCAAACCUGGAAGAAUAUAAGGAUCCAAUAUAUGAUGACAUCAAGGGAAAUUUUGACAACCCAAUGUACUCUGAUCCCACCUUGAACCUUAAAAGAGCACAACUUGGGCCCCUUCCUAACAUUCCAGGAUCUGAGGCCCCAAGCACUUUGACCAGGACCUCUCCAGAUUACGAUAAUCCACCAUUUGGGAUGCAAAGCAACAGUGACUACGACAACCCGCCAAUCAGAGGUGGCAAGCGACGUACUGGGAGCAAUUACAAUUCCCCGGUCGAAGACAACAUGGAUAGUACAGGGGACCRCGAUAAUCCCCCUGUGAGAGAUGGGCUGGAAAACAGCCAACACUACGAUAUUCCACCAAGAAAGAAGGAUGAUUAUGACAGCCAGUCCGAGCUUGGUGAAGAUACCGCGUUGUAGAUACUAAGCAGUGUAAUGUACCCUGGGUGAUAGAAGGUCUGUUUCUUAUGACUCAAGAAGCAAGAAAGAAACCGCAAUUCAUUACGAUUCUGUUUUAUGAUUUUAUAUAGCAAUCUUUCCCAAACCAAUGUGAUCAAAGGCGUUUUACGAUGAGUUAUGGAUGAGCGGUGGUUAGUAGAAGGUGUAUCCGUCAGACAAGGCUAUUAGUUCGAUUGAUUUUAAAAAGAAGAAGCAUCGGGCACCUGGAAAUUGCAUGAAAAAAGCUCUAACUUUUUAACUGUUACUAAAAGAAAGAAAAUGCUUAGUUUAAAUCAGGUUGGGAGAAACGUGCCAUAUACAUGUAGCCCAAUAGCAUUACUCAUUUCUAAAUCUUAACAUAAAGUUGUUGGGKUUUUUUUUWAUUUAUUUAUUUAUUCAUUUCUUAGCAUAGGAAAUCRCACGAUCUGGAGUACAGUUCGGAAUUURUAGGCACGAUUAUGGUUUUCAAAGUUUUCAAAGUUGGACGACUCUUUGGGAGAGUCCAAUUUGAGAACUUUCAAAACAUYACGAGUAGAUAGUGSGAUUUUUUCUUUAUAAUACACUCAACAAAGUACUCUACAGAGUACAGUUAGGGAUUUAAUUGUACUCCUCUUGUCCUAUCAGAAUCGAGUAAUUUUGUUGAGUGUAUUAUAGGCCUUGAUACUAGCACUCAUAGAAAAAAAUGCUAGGCAAUUAAUUGGUCGUUUCCUAGAGUUAGUUCUGUAAAAAGAGGGGCGAGUUGAUAAAUUUUUCAAUAAAAUAUGGCUUCUUUUUGA